GAGAACCGGUAGUAGAUUUCAGAGGAGAAAAUAACUUCCUCAUUGCACACCUAUGUGCCACUGUUGGACCUAGAUUGAAACAUGGCUGCUGGACAGGAACUACCGAAGAUUUGGGUGGGCACCAAAAUGGCGACCCUUGAGGAAGCUAUUGAAAAUGUCCAGCGACUGGAAAACUUGGCUCUUCCUGAUGAGCAGCCAAAUGUUGAGCCUCCUCCGACUGUCAUUACAUACAGAGCAAAUUUUGAUACCGACUUCGAAGAUAAAGAGGCCUUUAUUACAGGGAUAAGUCGUUACAUGGAAGAGGCCACAAUUCACCAAGCGCUCAACAAGCUACUGGAAGAAGGAGAAUUUUACUCAAAUAUGCUUUACACUUGGAGAUGUUUGUCAAGAGCCAUUCCAACUGCAAGAAAUGAUGAGCAACCAAACAGAAAAGAACUUUAUGAAAAAACAAUAGAUGUAAUGGGCGGAGAAAUUCAAAAAUUAAGGGAUUUCAUGCACUUCCAUGACAGAUCUAUUGAUACAUUCUAUUCUGAAGUAAAGAAGCUUUGCCAUGUUGAGAAGAAACGAGAUUUUAUCUCCCAAACUCAUCUUCUAACUCUGGGAAAGUUUAUCAACAUGUUUGCUGUUUUAGAUGCACUUAAAAACAUGAAAGCAUGUUUAAGCAAUGAUUAUGCUUUCUAUAAAAGGGCUGAAACCUUUUUAAAGCAAAACACUGAUGCUGCUGCUCUACAAGAAUCCCAAAACCUCACUAUGUUUUUAGCAACUCAAGGCCAGAUCACAAGUAAACUAAAGUCAAAGCUUGAAGUUGUUCCAGGCUAUGAAGAUCUUCUGUGUGAAAUAAUUGAUUUAUGCUGCAGCCUCUAUGAUCAAAAGGCAUAUGUGCUGCCGUCUGAAAAACAUAUGUUACUUAAGGUUAUUGGUUUUGCCAUUUUUCUUGUGGAUGGAAAAGAGACCAAUAUCAAUAAACUUGAUCAGAAGAAAAAGAUAAGCAUUUCAAAAAUUGACAAAUUUUUCAAGCAACUUCCUGUGGUACCAUUGUUUGGUGACAUGCAGAUUUCACUCAUUGCCUAUGUCAAGAAGUGUCCCCAUUUCGAGCCCUCUAAGUGGAGCUGUGCUGCUGGUAAUGCGGAGGAUAGAGCUGGACUUUCCCAGUACAACCUGUUGAAUCGUAUGGGUCAAAUCCACGAAGAACAUUUAAAAAUCAUUAGUGAGCUUGCACGCUGUAGUAAUGAUUUCAUAACAUCGUCAAGUAAUUCCCCGAUAACGUACAACCAGUGUAAGGAUCUCUUUGAGCUUGCCUUACGUGGUUUGCGCUUGGUUGCAUCAUGGAAUUCCCACGUCAUGGAAUUGUAUCACUGGAAACUGUUGCAUCCAACAGAUAAAUAUGCAAACCCGCAAUGCCCUGAUACUGCUAUUGCUUAUGAAAGGUCAACCCGAUACAAUUACAAUACAGAUGAAAAGUUUGCAAUGGUCCAGGUUAUUGGUAUGAUAAAAGGCUUAUACGGUGUGAUGUUGAAGCUGGAAGGUGUAUUCUCAGAGGCUGGCAGGCGAUUAAUACACUCGGAAAUACAGGAAUUCCUUCAAGUUACCCUGCAAGAGCCAUUGAAGAAAACAGCAAAGAAGGCAGGAAAAGCCCUGACAAAAUCUGUACUGGUAGCUGUUAGAGAGACUGCGAUGGAUGUUAGUAAAAACUUGCAAAGAGACGCGAAUUCGGGGAAUGUUAGAAAAGAUAGGGACCAGCGAACAAAUUUUCUUGUUGACCUGCCAAAGAGAUCUGUUGGACCUUCGACUACACAGCUCUACAUGUUACGAACCAUGCUGGAAUCAUUGAUUUCGGAGAAAGCUGGCAAGGGAAAAACGAUGAAAAAAGAUCUUGAUGGAGCAACUCUUCUUGCUAUUGAUAGCUUUCUGAAGAACUCUCGUUUGUUCCCGUACAUCCUAAACUUUACUGAAGUACUACGGGAAUGCUGUGACCUGUCACAGCUUUGGUUUCGCGAGUUUUUCUUGGAAUUAACCAUGGGAAAGAGUAUACAGUUCCCCAUUGAAAUGUCAAUGCCUUGGAUACUGACAGAUCAUAUUCUAGAUGCAAAUGAUGCAGCUUUAAUGGAAUAUGUUUUAUACCCUCUGGAUCUAUACAAUGAUAGUGCUCAAUAUGCCUUAUCGAAGUUUAGGAAGCAAUUUCUUUACGACGAGAUUGAAGCUGAGGUAAAUCUUUGUUUUGACCAGUUCGUAUACAAGUUGAGUGAGAUGAUAUUUGCUCAUUACAAGGCAGUAGCUGGAAGCAUUUUAUUGGACAAGAACUUCCGCGACGAACUCGAAAGACGGUAUGCAGAAGACAAAAGAUCGAUGCCUGAUGGUGGAAUAUCUUACCCCUCUUCAAACAGAUACGUCUCGCUCAUGAAGCAAAAACAUGUUCAGUUACUUGGGCGGUCCAUUGAUCUUAACAAAAUGUUGACUCAACGAAUCACCACGGCCCUGGAAAAAUCGUUGGAUAUUUGCAUAAGUAAAUUUGAAAGUGGCAGUCUUAUCGGUGUUGUUGAGCUUGAAUCAGCCAUUGAAGUUAAUCGGCUGGCCCACAGUUUGUUGUCGAAGCACCUCAAUCUGCCAGAAUUCGCAACGAUGAUUCGCGGUGCCAACCACUCUGUCUCUGUGCCAUAUGGUCGAAUAACUCUCCAUGUUUUCUGGGAGCUCUACUACGAUUUUCUUCCAAAUUAUUGCUAUAAUUCAUCAACAAACAGAUUCGUACGGACUACGUUUUCCUUUGCGCCGGAAGUGACGCGUGAAUCUGCUCCAAGAGCCGCACCGCAGUACUUUUUUGGUAGUAAGGCAUUAAACCAAGCUUUCAGUAGCGUUCACUCGUUGUACACCAACUUUUUUGGCAAGCCUCACUUUGGUUGUCUCGUUCGCUUGCUCGGUUACCAUGGCAUCGCCGUCACAAUUGAAGAGUUGCUAAAGAUCGUGAAAAACCUGUUGCAAGGCACUAUACAGCAAUAUGUGAAGGUACUCAUUGGUGGGAUGCCAGCGAAAUGCGGCCUACCAAGAUAUGAGUAUGGAUCUGCUGGUGUUCUGGAGUACUAUAAUGCUAAUCUUGAAAAUAUUAUGCAUUAUGGCGAACUGAAGACUGAAGUAUUUCAAGCGUUCAGAGAAGCUGGCAAUGUCAUUGUCUUCUGUUUGCUUAUAGAGCAAGAAAUGACUCUUGAUGAAAUCAAUGAUUUACUCCAUGCCGCGCCAUUCCAAGGUUUAAUACCAAGGCCGUUUGUAAAAGAGCGUGAUUCGGUCGAAGCGAAAAUGAAGAGGCUGGAAGCACAGUAUGCUUCAUUCCAAAUUGUUUCUAUCGUUUCACGAUAUGGUGAUGAUCGACAACGCCAAAACGCAGAGGAGGCAGAGAUUCUCACUAAAGAGAGGCUUUGUUGUGGGUUGUCUCUUUUCGAAGUGGUUUUGAAGAAAAUAUCUUCAUUUCUGACCGACGAAAUCUGGAAAGAACCACCUGCUUCAAAUGGCGUGAUGAGCAUCGAAGAGUGCAAAGAGUUCCAUCGACUUUGGAGUGCUAUUCAUUUCAUGUGCUGCAAACCUCUAGGGCAACAUGAACUAACUGUCGAGGAGACAUUCGGUGAAGGUCUUCAUUGGGCUGGUUUGACGAUAAUUGCAUUGCUGAAGCAGCACAAAAGAUUCAAUGCUCUGGAUUUCGCGUCACACAUUCUGAAGGUGCAGGAAGUUGAUGCAAGAGAAGAAGUUGUUGCUGGCGUGGACCUUAAACGGCUAGUGGUGAGAAUAAGACGAUACAAGAACCUGAACAGACAAAUUUUUGCCAUUCUCAACCGCUAUUUAUUUACAAGCGACUCGGAGGAGCGAAUCAGAUGCUUCCAGCCUCCUAUUCAUCAGGCUUUACGUCAUCAAUAUAAUUCUAUUUGAUAUAUGUCUCUGUAUAAGUCUUUAUAUAUACUUUUGGUAGAUGUUAGGUCUUCGCUCCUUGGUUAGACGACACAUUUGCUAAUUAUUCAUUUAUAUAAGAUUGUCGACUAAUUAUCUUUCAGUAUAGCUUUUCUUUAACCUUGACAGAUCAAUGCACCCGACUUUUCAUUUCCUGUGAUUGUUGAUUUUAGUCCUCGUUUACAUUGAAAAUAACAAGGUAGCCAGUAUGUAAUAUCCAACUAACCUUCUUUUGAAACAGCGAAACAUUAAGCGAUAUGACGCCAUGUUUAUUAAAGAGAAGCCAGUCAUGUUUAAGCUGCCGUUUAUUAGAAUACCCGGGGGAGUUCAUGCUGUAGAUUUAAGGGGGUAGGGUAAGUGCCCAUAGCGUAUCUUUUCCAGCCAUAUGAUCGUUAUGAAAAAGAAAUAAGGCAGCAUUCUGAUUUGCCAAACCCUUCAUUUUCUUUUAUUAAAACUCUAAGGGUAAUGAAUCUAAGUUGCUGGGGAUAAAGAAUUAAUAUUUUAAAUUUCUUCCUUGCGAACUGAAAGGUGCAUCUUGAGUUAAUCGAAUGUCCUUGAUUAUUUGCAUCUUCAAUAUUAUUCACCAGCUAAUAGUGUAUUGCGAUAGUAUAUUUUUGUUUUCAUUUUCAUAGAAAAAUUGAAAGUAGCCUGUUUUCUUUUGUUUCUAUCUAUUCAUAGUGUAUCAAAGUUCACUUAGGAGCAUCCCAUUUCUCAACUCAAAGUUGCAAUUGAAGCUAUGAUUUCUAUUUUUCCUUGGGCAUGUUUCUUCACUAUCAUUUCUUUCUUUUUUGCUGAGAAAAAGCUCUAAAAAGUGGUUUCAUCAGCAGUACGUUGUGCCCAUUCAUUCGUGCUGAAGUUUCAAGCAAAAU